AGGAGUGAAAACCCAGGCAGUAGUCGCUGAGCAGUAGUGUGUCCGGUGGCCGUGUCAGUGGGCACGUAUUCAAGAAUAGCGCGUCGCGCUUUCAACAGCCCGAGCCACGAACUCGUAUCGGGGAGCUAUUCGGAGAGAGGGAAAUGAGAGUUUAACGGGGGGGAGAGAUCGCGUUCAAUUAUAAUAUCAAAAUAAUAUUUACAUAUAUAUCUAUACGUAAGCAUAUAUGUGUACAUAUGUAAAUGUAUGUACGUAAAUGUGUAUUUAUACAAAUAUUCUUAUAUACACAUAAAUCGGGCCACUCUUUUGGCACAUAGGGGUUAAAGGAACUGUUUUUUUUCCUGUUUCCUCAUGAUAAUCAUUCGAUAUACAAUUCAUUAUCUUCGAUAGUGUUUUACGAUUAAACGAGAGUCCUCGAUCAACCAGGCCACUCUCUCCUAUUAUAUCACGAUCAUACUCGGCAGGAGAGAGGAGAAAACCUUUUCAUUUUUCCGAGUACGAGAUAAAAACGUGAUACAAUAAUGGCUGACGAAGACAACACGUGCGAGGACUCCCUCGGCCCGGGUGACGCUACUACAGCGUUUGCCAAAAAAUUAAGGGGUCGCAAGGGUGCUUUGAAAAAGAAGAAUGUCUACAUGAUCAAAGGACACAGUUUCAUGCCGAGAUUCUUCAAACAGCCGACAUUUUGCAGCCACUGCAAGGACUUCAUAUGGGGUUUCGGAAAGCAGGGAUAUCAGUGCCAAGUCUGUAGUUUCGUCGUACAUAAACGAUGCCACGAGUAUGUCAGCUUCACGUGUCCUGGAGCCGACAAAGGUGCCGAUUCAGACGAUACGCGGACGAAGCACCAUUUCAAGCAACACACCUACAACAGCCCUACCUUCUGUGACCACUGUGGUAGCCUUCUCUAUGGUGUCAUCCACCAGGGCAUGAAGUGCCAAGCAUGCGACAUGAACGUUCACAAGAGGUGCGAGGUGAGUGUGCCGAAUCUGUGCGGUUGCGACCACACAGAAAGACGAGGUCGUAUAGAGCUGGAAAUCACCGCAUCCUCCAACAAACUCGUCGUCGAAGUAAAACAAGGGCGGAAUCUUAUCCCAAUGGAUCCGAACGGUCUUUCGGACCCUUACGUCAAACUCAAACUAAUCCCGGACACGGAUGGAGUGAAGAAAAAAACAAAGACAAUCAAAGCUUCUUUAAAUCCAGAAUGGAACGAGACAAUCACUUUCGACCUCAAACCCGAGGACAAGGACAGACGCCUUCUGAUCGAAGUCUGGGACUGGGACAGAACAUCGAGGAACGAUUACAUGGGCUCCCUGUCGUUUGGUAUAUCGGAACUAUUGAAAGCACCUGCAACCGGUUGGUUCAAACUUUUGACGCAGGAAGAGGGAGAGUUUUACAAUGUUCCCGUACCGGAGGAGGGUGUCGACCUUGCCGAGCUCAAAUCAAAGAUGCGAAAAACAUCGGUAACGAAAAAAGUUCCACAACCACAAGACAAAGAUGUUCCACACAACAUGGGCAAGAGCGAUUUAAUAAGAGCGAGCGAUUUCAAUUUCCUCAUGGUGCUCGGAAAAGGCAGUUUCGGAAAGGUAUUGCUAGCCGAACGAAAAGGUACGGACGAACUUUAUGCGAUCAAGAUUCUGAAGAAAGACAUUAUAAUUCAAGAUGACGACGUCGAAUGUACGAUGGUUGAGAAACGUGUACUCGCGCUCGCAAAUAAACCGCCGUUCCUGGUGCAGCUUCACUCCUGUUUUCAGACUAUGGAUCGCCUUUACUUUGUUAUGGAAUACGUAAACGGUGGGGAUCUUAUGUUCCAAAUACAACAGUGUGGCAAGUUUAAGGAACCCGUGGCAGUAUUUUACGCCUCGGAAAUCGCUAUCGGUUUGUUUUACCUUCACGCGAGAGGAAUCGUGUAUCGGGAUCUGAAGCUCGACAACGUUCUACUUGAUCACGACGGUCAUAUAAAAAUCGCCGAUUUUGGUAUGUGCAAAGAAGGCAUCUCGGGUGAUAAAACGACCAAAACAUUUUGUGGAACGCCUGACUAUAUUGCUCCAGAGAUUAUUCUUUAUCAACCUUAUGGAAAAUCGGUUGAUUGGUGGGCUUAUGGUGUUCUGUUGUACGAGAUGCUCGUCGGACAACCACCGUUUGAUGGCGAAGACGAGGAAGAAUUAUUUGCAGCAAUCACAGAUCACAAUGUUAGUUACCCGAAGAGCCUUUCCAAAGAGGCAAAAGAAGCUUGCAAAGGGCUCCUAACUAAGAAUCCGAGCAAGAGACUGGGUUGCGGAUUUCGGGGUGAGGAAGACGUACGAGGUCAUGCUUUCUUCCGGCGUAUAGAUUGGGAAAAAAUAGAAAAUCGUGAGGUUCAACCUCCCUUCAAGCCAAAGAUCAAACAUAGAAAGGACGUGAGCAACUUUGACAAGCAGUUCACAUCAGAGAAGACGGACCUAACGCCAACCGACAAAUUAUUCAUGAUGAAUCUCGAUCAAACGGAAUUCAUGGGUUUCUCGUUCCUGAAUCCAGAAUUCAUUCAACAUAUUUAAGCAACAAAAUAAUCAAGAAAACAAAAAAAAAUGAAGAAACGAAAGGAAGAAGAAUAAAACAAAAAUUGUCAUUUUGUCAUUCAAAGUUUUCGUCAAUCAAAUCAGUAAAAAUCUUUCUCUCUCUCUCUCUCUCUUUUUACUUCUAUACUUUGAACACGUAUACACACCGACACGGAUCUGAAAUUACACCCAUAUACGAGAAAGCUUUCGUCGAACGAAAGUGAAAAACAUGGCUGGAAAGUUGUCAACAUACGAUGACGAAAACGAUUUUAAGAUCUUCGAUUUUCACCAUUUAUUCUUCACCCCUUGUUAACACUAGUUACAAGAUUUUUCAAUGUAUUUACAAUUUCGAAGUACGGACGCAGCGCGUCUCUACUUAUCUGCGUUACUAUGUAUUUCAGCGCGAAUGAGAAAAGAAAAUGAAACACAAAUACGUCGAACGUGAGUUAUUUGAAUCAGCGAGAAUGAUAAAUAUUUAAUAUGGGUUAAAAAUCGAACAAAUGAAUAAACACAGAAAAGAAGAGCAAAAGAAAGUUUAAUUUUACCUAUAAUCAAUGAAUGACGAUACUUAUUAUCGUUGAUAUUUGUGCUGAUCAAGACAACUUGUCGAAAGAGAAUGAUAGUGAUAAUGCUCUGACAUGGAUCGAUAAAAAGUGCGAAUCGAUUAUAGAAUGAACAUUUGAAUGAACUAAUAAUGAGAGCAAGAAUGAAAGAAAAAAGUAAUAAUAGUCAUAAGAAUCAUAAUAUAAAUGAUAUUAAUAUUAUUAACUAUAAGAUGAAUAAUUACAAUAAUAAUAACGAAAACUGUCUUCGUUUUCUCCGUAUAUUAUGCAUUUACUUCAGUAGUCUCUACUGUCGCCUUCCAGAGUUAUAUAAAUAAAUAAAUAUAUAUAAAAUGUAUAAUAUAUAUACACACACAAACAUAUAUUAUAUAUAUAUAUACAUCUAAGUAUAUAUAUUGAAAUCAGAUGUUAUAUAAUUUCCGGAAACUUGACAACACACACAUACACAUAUACACGCGCGCGAUUAUGAGGAAAUUCGUUACCGGCAAAGAUUCAACCUGAAAAUGAAUAUUUUAAGACUAGUUUUUCAGGGGCGAAUUUUCGAAAAUUUGACCCACUCCUACAAAGAUGUGUUGCAAUUGAAUUUAGGCUCGAGUUCUUUGAGGCAAGUAGGCACUUAAUUAAGACUAUUUCGAAAAAUUAUUUUCCGUUCGCUUUUCUCCGUUUUCUUUGUUCUUUGACAUCUGUUGGAACUUUCGAAUUUUGUAUUAUUUGCAGUGGAUCAUUCGUUUUCUUCUUAAAGUACAGAUAUAGUUGAAUAUGCAGUAAAAAAUAGAUAAAUACUUUGCGUCUUUUGAUCUUGAAUGGUACAUUAAUUUUAGUGAUUUUCGUUAUUAGAGAGGAAGAAAAUACUGGAGUGAUUGUGAUACUAAAAUAUUGGGUUUGAAAAACAAAAAUUACAAGAUAAAGUGAUGGGUAGAACUGAACUAACGUGCUCUCGAAGGCAGCGGAUGAAGAGAUCGAAAAAUUAUUGAAUCAUGCGUUGUUCAGGUCUCGCUUAUAAUACACGAUGAAAUUGCACUUUUUAUCUUGGAGAUACUCGAUGUUGAGGAUUUACGAAAAACGAGCGGUUUAGGACGCAUCAUUACGAUUUUUACUUGUGCUCAUGUGUAUGAAAUCUCUAACGCAGUGAUGAGAAAUAAUUAAAAUUGCGUUUGUAUUUAAGAGAAGAUGCGAAUAUUAAAUUUAUACUAAAAAAGCUGCCGAAAAACAAAUAAUAUUCGAUGUCAGGGUCAGGGUCAGGGAUUCGUGUGUCCAUGAUCGAGGAUAUAAAAGUAGGAAAACGAGAUUGGGAGGUGAGGGAAGCAGCAGGCGGUUGGGACAAAUUUCAUGCUUACGUGAUGAGAGAAUAAAUAAUGGACCAAAAGAUCUUGGAAGCUGGAAGAGAAGGCUCGGAUCUUGUGAAAUAAAACGCACUGGAAACGAGCAAUGGGUUUUCCCGUGGGAAAUUUCUUGCGUAACAGGAAUAAAUUGUCGUGGAAACGAAAGACAUGAAUUGUUACGAUUCACCACGGGGGAAAAACUCAUAAAUAUCUCCGCCAAAAGAUGCGAAUAAUUUUGUUGAUUCGGAAAAAAUACAGAAGUUGGAAAAAGAUCUGUCGCAAUUCCGGAACAAUACGAUUGUGGGAAAUCGUACCGGAAAUUAACCGACUAACAAAAACAUUUCAUAUCUACAAAUCUUUGAAAUUCCGCAUUUAAUGUUUCAUCACAAAUAUAGCUUGGCCUUGUUUUGUUUUUAAUCGAAUAACGAUCCAUUACGUUGUUCCCCAUUAACGUACAAGAUCUUCCCAAUGUACGCAGGCAUAAACAGUACCAUUGAAAAUACUGCCUCACAUUUCUACAAUUAGUGAAAUGUUCGUUACUCUUGACUACAUCGACGACCAAAUUUAUAUUUAUUCCAACAAGUCAUAUGAGGUAAGAAAUAAAGAAUAAUUCAGAGGAUAAACCAUGCUGGAAAAAAAAAAUCUUUUUCAAAGAGACGAACGAGGGACUAUUGGUUGUAAAUCUUUGUUGUACAACCAUAUCGGCGGAAUGUAGACGUCGGCAGUGGUAGGGUGGAUAAACAGAUUUGAAGAUUCGGAGUUAAAUGUUCAAAUGACUGUCGAUAGAAAACACCUUUGCCAUCUUCUCCCUCCCUCCCUCCCACCCCCAUUCCCUCUUACUCUCCCAUCACCUUUAUUUUUUUUUAAAUCUACAAUCUCAAAUAUAGACAAAAAAGUUUUGAGUGUCUUAUGGCAAGGUAUAAACAGUACGUGGCGAUAAACAAGUUUGAAAAAAUAAAACUACAAAAAUCUGUAAAUUUUACUGUUAUUCGUCAGUUGAUUUCUUCGUUUUGUAUAUUGUCGGCACACACACACACAUACACACACACACACACCCAACACACUGUUAACAACAAUGGAGAAUAAUUAUUAGAUAAUUACUGAUUUAACUUAUAAUAUUGAUAAAGAGAAGGGAAAAGAAAAAAGUACAUAGGAGAUAAAUCUUUUUCCAUCAAAGUUGAAUUCAUUAUCUGAAAAACUGAUGAUGAUCGAUGUUUCAAUGUUGACUUGAGAAGAGCUUUCCCUUCAACGAGGAAGGAUUUGGCAAGGGAUGAUCGAUCGAUUGAAAAUUUAUUAUAUUUUCUUCCUCAUUAAGCUUAAUGUAUUUGGAUAUAUAAUUCGAUACGAACGAUAUAUAAUUCGAUAUAAAUUUAUAUCUCACAAUGAUACACUUUUAUUUAAUGAACUCAUAGAUUCGACAUAUAUCACAAUUACGGUACAAUUUACUUGGUGAAUUUUCGUAUACUUAUUGAGAAAGAUACGGCGUAGCUGAAAAUAACAGAAGAAAUUCACUGAUUGAAACAAUAAUAUGAGAGCGUAAAAAUAUACACAUUUUAUUGAGAAAUAUUAGUUUCUUGAUGAUGAUGACGAAGAUGAUGAUGAUGAUUAUGAUAUUUUUAAAGAAUCAAUCAAUCGUUCAACGGGCCAACAAAUUAUCAUCUCGUUCAUCUCGAAGAGCGUGUGUAACGCGCUCGAAAACAUCCCGAUAUUAUCGAGAAAAUCGUAGGAUUAUAUAAUACUCUUAGUGACUGAAAUGAAUUUAUUUGGCACGACCGUAUUUCUUUCUCUCUCGCAUCUUACCAAAGGCUAUUCUUUAACUCUGACUUUCAAUAAUGUCUCGUGGAGUGUUCUGAGGCUCGUGCUCAUUUGCUAUGUGAAUAGAUCGCAGGAUUUUAGAGCAAAAAAAAUCCAUCUAAUUGACUUCGAUUAAUACAUGAAUAUUUCAUCAACGAAGCUUCGGAGACGAAAAUUUAUCAAUAAUUGUCUUUUAGAAUUUUGCGAUUGAUUUUCCACGGCUCAUUAGCUACAUCUGAGGCAUUCUGCUCGUGUAUGUGUGCCUGUGUUUGUGAGUAUUCAUCUUACACACAUUUUCACACUUGCACGUAUAUUAAAAAUAUACUUGAACGCGUGGCACCCAUAAGUCACAUUGUUUAAAUAUUAUUGAAGAAAAGGAGAGGAAAGAAGAAUAAAAUGUGCUCGAAAUCUAUUCUUGUACCAAUUUCAGAGUCUUCCACGUGUGUAUUGCUCGCGCGCGUUUUUUUUUCGUAAACUUAUUAUCGAUUUGUUGUUUUCUUUCUUCGUUUUCUUUAAUCGCAUUUGUCCUUUUUCUCAUCACACUAAAUUUACACAUAUUGAUAUCCACGUUUACGAGCUUGGUUUGUGAACGUGUAUCUAUCAUCGGUUUGGUGAUUGAAUUUUUGAUAAUUAUCGGUUGACAAGUACGGUUCAGCGUUCAAAUUUGCGGUUUCAAUCUGUUCAAUUUUUCGUUCAUCAAAUAAUUUUGUACAAUUUGGAACUGCCAAAAUAGUUCGUUCUUAAGUAGAAAUCGUAUUCUGAAUUUCGGAACGUUAACAUUUUUUCGUUGUAAAUUUCAAAUACUUUGACAUUUCUUCGACAAAAUUCAACAGCAAUUCACAUUGCGCAAUUUCUUAGGUAUUAUUAAAAGCGCAGGAAAUAACAGUGAUUUUAUUCCGGAACGUGUUACCGUAUUCGAUGAUCAAUAAUCAACAAAACUCCAAUCAUCGAUCAGAUGAUAAUAAAUAUUUAUAGCACAGAAAUGAUAUAAGUCGAAAACAAAAUAAAAUUUAUUCAACACCCGUGAUCUUAAACUGUUUGCACUUUGUGGCAAUUCCUUUUUAUUCGAUGGUUAGUUUGUAUCUCUUGAAAAAUCAAAUGACAGAAAAAAAUGUAAUAUAAAUUGAAUCAAUCGUUGUUCUUGUCGAUGAUACAAUUUUUUAAAUCUUAAUAAUUAUACGGAUAUUCCUCACUGUAUUGUAGGUUUAUGAAACAAAGUGUUUAGUUUCGUUAAAAAAAAGAGAAAAGAAACUUCGAGGUAUUAUUUGAAUUAGGCUCAUUUAAUCAUUGCUCUUUACUCAUGCUUGCGAUUUCUCAAGCCGAAUCAUCGUUCCUUUAUUAUUUUCAAAACUCAUCCUUCAUGUUCUAUCAAUGUAUUUUCCUCUCUUGCUCACAAUUCUCAACACACACACAUAUUACUAAAAUACACGAAAGAGGAUAAAAACACAAUCGGUGUUUUUAUCCUCCAGCAUCCUUUCACCUCUUUUCUCAUUCGUGCGUGUGAUCAAUUCUCGAGCGUGCUCAAUCCUAACCGAGAAUCGAAGUGCUCGCACGGAGAUGAGAUGAAGAAGAAAAACAAGAAACAAGAGGGAAUCGACGUGUACCUACGUCUUAUAGAUUUUACGAAUUUUCCUAGUUUUUAGCUCAAAGAAUAAUGUGAAAGAAAGGAAAAAAAUGAUAAUUGGUUAUAAGAAGUUUCCAAAAGGUGGAAAAAAGGGAAUCACAAGCGAUUCGAUAAGAACCGUCGAAAGCUUGAGUUCCUCUACGACGAGAAAGAACAAGGCCCAAGAAUAAUAAAACUCAUGUGAUUGACGACAGUUGAUAUUCUCCUCCAUCGUUCAAAAUUCAUCGUUCUAUAUGUACGAUGAGAUUAAAAUUGAAUACAACAGCAAAUGCGACCUUAACAGAUAAAAACAAUUCAAAUCUCACGCGAAUCAUGAUGUCGAUUGAAAUAAAAUAAAGAAUUAAACAAUUCUUUUGAAUCAAUCGGAAAAAACUUUUGAGGAAGAUUAUUAUGGAAGAUAGAAAAAAAGACAUGUGGUCGUAGCGACAACUAAAAAAAAAAUAAAACAAACAAAAAACAGAUUUUCCAAGUCGCGUAGCUUUAUUCGUCUCCAAAUUGUAAUCUAUCGCUCUCUUACGGCGUACUGUAUAUGCAUUAUAUACAUACACAAACAUAUAUUUUUAAGAUGUUUUUGUGCAUUUAUAAUGUCGUAAUAAAAAUUCCAAAUCGUGUAAUGAGAA